CGGAUUGAUAUAAGACAAAUAUAGAUUAUAUAUGGAUGCAUUAUAAUCAUGAGAACGGUUGGCUCCAUCUCAUCUCCGUUAUGUCCCUCGGUGAUACGGACACAAUCCGUAUUUGAUCGAGCAGGUAAAAAUCGGUAAAUUUCUCUACCGACAACCGUACGAACGCUUAACGGUUUGGAACGUCCCGGGAUCCCCGCUGAAACAGCUGCACCGUUCACGAGAUUCAUUAAUCUGAUGCGAGCCAGCGACGACGAAUUCACGGUUUUACACGCUGACGUAACAGAUAUUACAAUGCAACAACGAUAGAGUUUCUCUUGGUUUAUGAGCGGCUCAAUACUGUACAGGGACCAGGGGGCAGGAAAACAAUGAUGCCCUUCAGGAACGUUAUCGACCUCGGCACUACAUCCUCAGCACGAUAACCAACUCAAUGCAACAUCAGCGGAUGGUGGAUUUUGGGAUUUAAAUUUAUGUCCAGCGGAACGGGCUAGCUUCUGCUUGUGGAAGAUUUUCAUAUUGUAUUUUGUUGCAGGAGAGUUCCUGCUCCGGCUCUCCCUCCUAUCCAACGUUGUUGUGAAUUAUCAAACAUGGCGACUGUACCAGUAUAUUGCAUCUGCAGAUUGCCGUACGACGUUACUCAGUUUAUGAUCGAAUGUGAUGCCUGCAAGGACUGGUUUCACGGAAGCUGUGUUGGUGUGGAUGAGGAUGAGGCUCCAGAUAUUGACAUCUACCACUGUCCCAACUGCGAGAAGACAGAUGGAAAAUCCACCAUGAAAAACAAGAAAAGGACUAAACAUGACAUGGGGCAGAGAGGAGACGUCAGAGCUGUUCAGAACGGCAGUCAGGUCUUCAUUAAGGAGCUACGCAGUCGCACCUUCCCCAGCUCGGAGGACAUUGUGGUGAAGCUGAACGGCAGUCAGCUGACUAUGGACUACGUGGAGGAGUUUGGUUUUAACGAGCCGAUCCUGGUCCUGAAGAAGGACGGUCUGGGCAUGUCCAUGCCUGCUCCUACCUUCUACAUCAGUGAUGUGGAGAACCACGUUGGUCCAGAUGUGGGUGUGGAUGUAAUUGAUGUGACCAAGCAGACUGACAGUAAGAUGAAGCUCAAGGAGUUUGUAGAUUACUACUACAGCACCAACAGGAAGAAAGUGUUAAAUGUUAUCAACCUCGAGUUCUCUGACACACGGAUGGACAGUAUAGUGGAGAGUCCUCAGAUUGUGCGGAGGUUGUCGUGGGUAGAGAACUACUGGCCAGACGACGCUCUCCUGGGGAAACCUAAAGUCACUAAGUACUGUCUGAUCUGUGUUAAAGACAGCUAUACUGACUUCCACAUCGAGUGUGGAGGGGCCUCCGUCUGGUACCACGUACUCAAGGGAGAGAAGAUCUUCUUCCUGAUCAAGCCCACGUCCGCAAACCUAUCGCUGUAUGAGCGCUGGAGGUCCUCAGCCAAUCACACUGAGAUGUUCUUCGCCGACCAGGUGGACAAGUGUUACAAGUGCACUCUGAAGCAGGGACAAACCCUAUUCAUACCGUCAGGUUGGAUCAAUGCAGUUCUGACUCCAGUGGACACUCUGGCCUUCUCUGGACACUUCGUCCACAACCUGAGUGUUGAGAUGCAGAUGAGAGCGUACGAGGUGGAGAAGCGUUUGAAGGUGAACUGUCUGACUCCGUUCCCCAACUUUGAGACGGCCUGCUGGUACGUGGGACGUCACCUGUUGGAGAGAUUCAAAGGUCUACACAAGGCCAACAGACAGCCAGCUCCUUACCUGGUCCAUGGAGCUAAGAUCAUCAACGGAGCUUUCAGGGCCUGGACUAAGAAACAGGCCCUGUUAGAGCACGAGGAUGAGCUCCCAGAGAACAUGAAGCCCACUCAGCUCAUCAAGGACCUGGCCAAGGAGAUCCGGAUCUCAGAGAAUGCGGCUAAAGCCAUUAAGAGUGAUUCGAGUAGCAAGGCUCCAGUGGAAGAGGCCCCUCCUGCUCCAUCAGAGCCUGAGGACCCUGCUUCCCCCUCCAGCGUCCCCUCUCCCUCCCCUCCUCCCCGGGAGAAACCAGCCAGGAAGAAGGCCUCCAAGGUCCCCAAACCCCCCAAGGUCCCCAAACCUCCCAAGAAAGGAAAGAAAGAGAAGGAAGUCCCUCCUCCUCCUCCUCCUCCUCCUCCUCUUCAACCGUCAAAGCCCUCCAGCCUGGCAGCUCUGGAGUCUCACGCCAAGGACAUCCUCAGCAAGAUGGACCAGCCCAAGAAGGGCAAGAUGGGGGGCAAGGCGGCUAAGAACGUCCUGAGCAUGUCGGAGAAGGAGACCUGUAAGCAGAACGACGUGGAGAAGUUUGAGAUCCGAGAACAGAACAAGAAACAGACGGAAGCCAAGUGGAAAUAUAAGAACAGCAAACCAGAUUCCUUACUGAAGAUGGAAACUGAAGAGCACAAGUUUGAGAGAACACCGCUGUCAGGCAACAAAGACAAGUUUGCAUUCUCAUUGACACACAAGAAGUUACUAGGUUCUAAGCUGAAGCCCCAGACCAACUCCAGUGUGUUUGGUUCGUUACAAAACCUAAAGGAGGACAAGGCCAAGCCGGUGAGAGACGAAUAUGACUACGUGUCAGACGAAGGAGAGCUGAAGAUUGAUGAGUUCCCCAUCAGGAGGAAAAAGAACGCCGUCAAGAGGGACUUAUCCUUCCUGUCAAACAUCAAAGACCCAAUCCACCCAUCCAAGAAGCCAAAGCUCCUCCCCUCUGCUGUCAAGAAGGCUGACUCGUCAGAUGAGGAGUUGCUCCACAUUGACACAGAGGUCAAGCCGGAGGUGAAAGGUCGUAACUCGAAGGUAAAGAAGAAAGCUGGCAGCACGGCGGGCAUCCUGGACCUCCUCCAGGCCAGCAAGGCGGUGGGAGGCAUCGACUACAGCGCCAACAGUCAGCCACCUGCAUCUCCCAGCACACAGGAGGCCAUUCAGGGGAUGUUGUCUAUGGCCAACCUGUCCUCCGGGGCUACCGCCGGUGCCGCUGCCAUCUCCUCUGACCCCACUGGAGCCUGGGGCAGGAACCAUGCCAACACCACCACGGCUGGACGGAAGGGAGGAGCAGCGAGCGGAACACGAGGAGGAAGAGGAGGAGGGGGGAACAGUAAGCGGCCAGCCAAACCCAAGAAAACAACGAAGAACAGCAGCAUGGAGUUUGAUGAGGACCAGGAUCACAUGGACGCCUGCUUCAAGGACUCAGACUAUGUGUACCCGUCUCUGGAGUCUGAAGAGGAUAACCCUGUCUUCAAAUCCAGAUCCAAGAAGAGGAAAGGUUCAGAGGACACUCCAUACAGCCCCACAGCGCGUGUCGGUCCCUCUGUGCUUCGUCAGGCGAGGCCGGCCAGAGAAGGAGCGCGAGUAGCAUCAAUAGAGACAGGACUGGCGGCUGCCGCAGCCAAACUCUCACACCAGAAGGAGCAGCAGAAGACCAAGAAAAAGCAGAAGAGCACCAAAAAGAAGAAGAAGCCCCCUGCUGCCGUGAGGGAGGAGGAGGAAGAUGAGGAACCAGCGAGGAAGCUGAGCAGGGACAGCAGUUCUCCAGAGCCAGAUGCGGGCCGGGACUCAGAGCCAGGCCAGACCGACCACGAGUACUCCUCUGGGGCAGGAGGGAAGCAGGCUGGGGGGCCCCAGCCCAUGGCCCCUGGAGUCUUCCUUACACAGAGACGACCCUCCACAUUUUCAUCAUCUCACAACAAUAACAACAACACAGCCAAGGGGAAGCGGCUAAAGAAAGGAAUGGCGACGGCCAAACAGAGACUGGGAAAGAUCCUGAAGAUCCACCGUAACGGGAAGCUCCUCCUGUAACAGGAAGUGACUCACUGAGGAGCACUGCCAUUGGCUCCUGCAGUACUAUUAGCCUAUGAACUGGCCCCGUUUCCAUCUCCUUUCCUUUGAUUUGGUGCUGGGCUGACAGACAGACUGAAACAGUCAACGUGGGUUUUGCCUCUACUUAAAGUGUACAGAAUACUUGCUAGAAAUAUUUUUAAAUAAAAAUGUGUCAUUUUACUACAGUCUGUUUAUCAGGGGGUCGCUACGCUAGAGUUCAACUAGGCCUGCGGUCCAAAUGGCACCCUAUCCCCCUACAUCGUGCACUGGUCACCAAUAGGGUCCUGGUCAAAGUAGUGCACUAUAUAGGGAAUAGUGUGCCGCUUUGGGACUAAGGCUAGAAGUACAUUGCAGUCAUUCCAGGACCCUGAAAGUAUCCCCUGUUGCUUUCUGUCCUCCCCAGACCAGACCUAACCUGAAAUACAGUGUGUUUGUGCUAACAUUCCACCCCAAACAUGUUAGGCACGACAAGGAGUGGAAUGUUAGCACAAACAGACUGUAUUUCUCCACGCUAGACCCAGACCUUCACUAGAUACAUUCGCCUCCACGCUAUUCCUUUGUUUGCUAAGCACUAUCAGUUAUGAUAUUUAUUGUCUUAAUAUAAUGUUUCAUGUCAUAGAGAGGAAAGACAAAGGAAGGCCCUUUAUGAAACAAUUGAAGGGAUUUUCAUAGUAAUGUCAGAUGCCAAUAUGAUGAUGGUUCCAGUGUUCAACCGGAUGUCUCUGGUAGUUUGAACGUUUAAAAAAAAAGAAACACAAUAAGGAAUGGUGUCUUUCUUUGAACUCAUGUUUUCACACCCAAACAGACAUAUCAGCAUUAUUAUAGACCCAUAUGAAUUGGCUACUUAAAGACAGUAAACACAUAAUAACCAACUGUGUAAUAUUGUUCUAAAUAAGCACACACAGUAUAUGACCUCAGCUGACAGUCACAGUAAAUUAUCUUCAAAGUGAUAUAAUGUGGUAUCAUUGUCAUGCAUUAUUUAAUAAGGAUUACUUUGGUGUUUACAUAUUAAUAUCCCCUAAUCUAACAAUGACUGUAUUGCCAGUAAAUUAAAACUAUUUACUGUAUUCCAAAUGGCACCCUAUCCCCUAUGUAGUGGACAACUUUUGACCAGGGCCCAUAUCUAACUAAAGGAGGAUUGUGACAUUAUUAAAACACUAAUGAUGGGACCUGGAGACCCAAUGAUAAUGAUAUAAAUCCCAUGUAUUAUUAUUGUUAUGGUGAUUAUAAUGACUGGCCUCAUCCAUCUCUCGCUUUGUGGCUACAUGGGGGUACUUUCACUCUUCUGUUGGGUUUAAGGCAGCAACAUAACCUACACCUCUGAAAUAUGCAUUGUUUCUAUGGAUUAUUAUUCACAGUACAGUAUGUAGAAUGUAGCUUGUACAUAGCCUUUUACAUGAAUACUUUUUGUAUCCUUUUUUUCUCCCUUAAUAAUUCAUUAUUAUACAUUUUUACUAGUUUUUUAUUAUAAACAAAAUAUAUGUGAAUAUAUAGACAUUAGUCCUUUUGAUUUGAUUAGACACGUUAGUUUUAUGUUUGUUUUUAACCAUUGUUUAUUUGUUAUUAGACUAAGGUGUUGCCUGGAAAACAACUGAAGAACAACAUAACAUGAAUUGUCAUAUGGCCUUACAUUACAUUACUACAUACACACAGCUACAUUACAUUACAUUACUACAUACACACAUCUACAUUACAUUACUAC